UGUGCGAGGCUGUGUUACGUUACCGCUUCGUAAUUCUUAGUUAAUGGCAAACUGGCGGCGCGUUAUUCAACAUUGAUAAUUUUCGUAAAUUACCUACAGCUUCGGAGGUGCUUCUCAAUCGUUUCAUCCAAUAUUCCUGGACAUUUGUUUAUCACCUGAAACCGGAACUAUAACUUCAGGUGGCAAAAUAGAUACAUUCUAGGAGCUAUGAGUGUGGAAACAACAUCGAAUGGGACUUCCGGUGAGCUUAGCGUUGGCCAGCGUAUGGUAGAAGAAGUAGAAAUUCCUGUUCCAUGGGGAAUCGUUGCAGGUAAAUGGUGGGGAUCUCGCCUGAAGCAACCUGUGCUAGCGAUUCAUGGAUGGCAAGAUAAUGCAGGGUCUUUCGAUCGCCUAUGCCCUUUACUACCGGCGGAAAUUUCAAUUUUGGCCAUCGACCUCCCUACUGGUGAUUGCAUCGACAAGUUUUUACAUUAUGAAACGCUACCCGAGUCAAAGAUGCCUUGUUAUGGUUAUGAAGAAAUGAUUGAUCUAGUACUAGCGGCUUAUGAAGGCUCAGUAGAUCAUGAGUCGGUGGAGGUGCUGAUGCGUCGAGGCAUGGCACCGCACAUGCAUAAAAAUGGAUAUCAUUUUGCUCGAGAUCUUCGGCUGAAAGUGGCGUUAAUGGGCAUGUUUUCCAUAGAACAGGUUCUUGCCUAUGCUGAAUGUAUAAAAUGUAAGGUGUUGAACAUUCGCGGAAAACCCGGAAUGAAUUUUGGCAAACCUGAAGUUUACGAAAAGGUAAUGGAAGUGUUACAUCGCACUGCGUCGAAGGUUGUGUAUUAUGAAAUUUCGGGAACCCAUCACUUACACCUGGUAACACCGGAAAGAAUAUCAAAUGAAGUUAGCCAGUUUUUGCUCGAGGAAUAGAAACAAUGGUUAAUUAUGUUACAAAAAAAUAUUGGCCAGGCCGUGAACUAUAAGUCUUACUUAGAGAAUUCGUAAAUGCACUGAAAAAUAUCAAUGGGCUUCAAUAAGGUUUGUGCUACUCGGUUAGUUCAGGAAAAUGUUCUUCAGAAUAUAUUACAUUCAAAAUGUCUAGAGCUAGGCUUGUAGUAUGUAAUUAACUGUAUUGAAAUUAUACGACUAAGCUGUGUAAGAGCUAUAUAGGAUAACAUACGCUGGUUAUUAUAUGGAGGAAUUGCGUUAUUGGGAAGGAUAAAAAUGGUAUAGUUUUUGAAAUAUUAGCGUUAAAACGGAACAGAAAGUUUCAGGAAGGUAAUAAAAAAUAAUAAAGUUCAAUAAAAA